CACUGGACAUUAAAUGAAAAAAAUAAUAAACACAUUCACGUGUUGCUCAUAAAAGUAGACAGGGGGGGAAUACAGUUUUGGUAAAAUCACGGUAUGCUCUUUCCUCCCAGUUCAGCGGCUGCUCUCGCCCCUCCUCUCGGCCGUCAGACAGGCACACCUUUCCUCUGUGGUCCUCCAGCGUUUCUUACCUUCUUGUCGCUUCUUUCAGCCUCGUUGUCUGGCGGUGAACUCUCACCCCAGCUGCUUUGGAAAUGUCAUACAGGCAGAGGCCCGUGCUGCAGUAGGGGGGCGUAAUAGGAGGAAAAAAUAACAACAUUUUUACUGAUCUCACUGCAUCUUUUACUCGCGUCUCAGUCGUGCAAGUGCCACAUCCCGCAACCAGCAGCAGCAGCAGCAGCAGCAGCCGCCGCCGCCGAUAACUAAUCGCAGUCUCGAUGCUUAUUUCGCAUUAGGGCUAAUAUAUAUAUAUUUAUAUAUAUAUAUAUAUAUAAAAAUCCGUGCCAGACAUGGGGGUGAACAUUAUGCUUCUUUUGAAGAUGUCCGUCCAACAAACCAACUGGCUUGUGACGACGAUGCCCAGUCGAAGAUCCUGGGAUUGAGACGUGAAUCCCUUUACACUGAUGGCCUGGACUGAGUUUCAGCUGGCCUGCUGAAGCUAUGGGGAGCUGUUGGAGCUGUCUGUACAGAGACCCCAUCCGAGACAACCAUCUCACCAAAUUUAAGGUCACCAAUGUGGACGAUGAGGGCAAUGAGUUGGGCUCUGGGAUCAUGGAGCUCACCCAGACCGAGCUCAUUCUUCACACACGUAAGAGGGACGCCAUCCGGUGGCCGUAUCUCUGCCUGCGACGCUAUGGCUAUGACUCCAACCUGUUUUCUUUUGAGAGCGGCCGUCGUUGUCAGACUGGACAGGGAAUCUUUGCAUUCAAGUGUUCCCGGGCAGAAGAAAUCUUCAAUCUGCUUCAGGAGCUGAUGCAAUGUAACAGCAUCAACGUGGUGGAAGAGUCUAUGAUGAUGAGUCGCAGUGGUCACACACCGGAGAUGGAAAUGUCUCGCACACCACAGACUCCCAACACUCCAGCAUUUCCUGUCCAGGCUUUUCCCAAUGGAUACCCUGGUUAUCCAAUCAGAGGUGAUUCCUCCCAGCCCUCUCUUGCUGAUGAUCAUGGACAUAGCCUCAUGGGUUUGGAAGACCAAACCCACACCUAUGUAAAUACUGUUAGCAUGGAGGGGGAUCUCUCUAUGCGUCACUGUGUGCACUCCCUGCCCGAGGUACGGCCCAGCACUUUCCCUGAAACCACACGGGGAGCCAUGCCCGUCGGGGGCCAAGGAAAUCCGCAGUCCAGCCUGCGGUGCUGUCCCCUGGAGGAGCAUAAUGAUCCUCAGGUGUUCUUACAGCCGUCCUCACAGGAGGUCAAAUUCAUGCUGGGCCCUACUCCAGCACAGCGUCAUCUUCUGGAGAGAGAGAGGGAGAGGCAUGGGCACAAUCCUCACAAUCUUCAGCCAGUAGAGGGUGCAACAGGCUCAGAGACGGAAGGGGACGAACCCUCCAUGCAUCUGUGCAACUCUCACUCCUAUCACCAUUUCCACCACCACACACACCGGCACCCAGGUCUCGAACACACGGAAAGCUGCCAGAGCGGCGAACUCACUUAUGAGAACAUCAAUGGUCUGAGGAGCGUCCGGAAGCAGCGGUUGAGUCCCAGCAGUGUGUCGCAGUCUGUGGGUUCGAGCAGCAGCAGCAGCACUGGGGACAGUCACUCUCACUCCCUCCUGCACCCCCACACCCAUGGCCCAUCGUCUCUACCCCCACAGGGCUAUGCCUGCGAGAGGGGCAUGGGCGGGGGUCACCGUCGGACAGCUCUGCUUAACUACGAGAACCUGCCCUCUCUGCCACCAGUGUGGGAGUACAGCGCUCUGCAGCGGGAUGAUGAACAGGAAGAGGAGGAUGAUGACCAAGAUGAGGAGGAAUAUGAGGAAGAAGAGGAAGACUUUGAUGAGUACGAGUUCUCAGAAGGUCCGGGGACACCCAACGGGUACCACCAGGAUGGUCGGGGCAUCCAUAGAGAUGCCCUGCAGAACUAUGUCAACACAGAGCAGGUCCAGCCACCCCGGCUUCGACAUGCCUGCCCCCCGCACCCAAGGCCAUGUCAACCAGACAGAGGGGGACAGAUAUUUAGCUUUGAUUUACGCAGACGAUCGAGGUCAGGGGUCGGAGGCUGUGAGCAUGGCCAUAUGCCUCCAUCGCGGCAGCUGAAUUACAUCCAGGUGGACCUAGAGGGAGAACCUCCCUGCCAAGCGCUCAGUAGUGGGGGUGCCCAGACCCAGCCACAGCACCAGCGCCUACCACCCAAAAAAUGUGGCCCACAGGCACCCCGGCGCAGUGAAUGCUACGCAGUCAUUGACCUAAAGAAGACCGCUGCCAUGUCCAACCUGCAGAAAGCUCUGCCCAGGGAUGAUGGGACAUCCAGAAAGACUCGCCACAACAGCACAGACCUGCCUCUGUAAAUGGUGUUCAAAAUGAAGAGGAACGAUGAAGACAGAUGAAGGCUUAUCCUCAUCUUAGCACACUGGACCCUUCACUGUCAUCCAUCCACUCAACUGUUGGGUUGACUAAUAUAGUACAGGUACCUAAUUAGAAACUUGCUGAAACCUAUCUGUGCAUAUAAUAAGAAAUGAGAAAAAUCUGCAUUUGCCAUUUUAUUCUGUGUUAUUUAUUAGACAUGUGGUGUGAAGCUCUCGGGAGAAAUCAGCAGGUUUUAUGACUUAGAGCAGAGACCUCAGUGGAAGUAGUCAUUGCCCUACUGUGUUAGAAAAUUUUAGUUCAUAAACCCAUCUCCACUCACUUUACGUAUUCUUCAUCCAUGUGGUUUUUUACUUAAAUGCUGUAAGAGUCUAAAUGUGACUCUUGUUAUUGAAGAAGUAGAGUAGUUGUUGGCAUGAAGGAUGGUUAAUGGUUCCUCCAAGAUACUGGCCAAUACUCAUACCUCAUCACAAGCAUAUUAAGUCCAAUACUGCGGCUAGUAGAAGAGACCAUUAUUUGUUAUUACAUGCCUGUAGAGCAUUUUGCACACAAUCCAAUCCUGGAAUUGUAUUUCAUCAUAUUUUAGGAAUGGUGUCAUCCAGUCCAAGAAAGAAAAAACAGAAUUAAAUGAACAGAUGAUAUGGUGAUAUCUAGAGAAUUAUACUAAACUGAAUGAUCAUAAAAGUAGCACACAUGGAUUAAAAGAAGCUUUUGGCUCCCUCUUGUCCACAUGCAGCAAAUGAAAAAAGUAGCAUAUCACCUUUGAUCACCCCUCCUGGAUCUUAUCCCAGACUAGCAGGAGGUCCAUGUGGUUUACGCUUGUCACAUUGCACUUUUGAUCCUGGGCCACUGAAGCGCUCUUUGUCUCUACUCCCACUCCACUGGAGCCACAGGUUUGACUGUAUCCUUUUACCAAAAGCAGGGGGCCAAAUAUUUCAUUCUUAGUCAGCAUUGUAGAUAGGAUUUAUUUACAUGUUUUGAUGGAGACAUCAACAACCUCAAAUAGUGGCAUUAAGCUAUAACCUCACGUAAAAUGUGCUGAAUCUAUGAGUUGUUCGUUAUCAGGUGUGAAUGGUCCGUGUUAAAGAGUAAAUUGAAUAUGUCCCGAAGUCACGCAGUGAAGAUUUUUGUUCGGCUAUCUAUCAUCUUUCUUAGUUAGAUAUAUAUUUAUUUAUUUAUUUGUUUGUUUGUUUGUUUUUGUAUAUUGUUGUGUAUUGUAAUCAUUUUGGUUUUCCAUGUGAUGACCAGCGUUUUGUAAUCCAGUUGGUGAUACAGAAACCAAAGUUUCACCUCAAAUUAUCACUGGACACUGAUGUAUUACUGUUAUAACUGUGCUUAAUUAUAUUUUAAGAAAAGAAAGACUGUAUUUAUAUUAUAUUUUAAGUGCCAAAGCUUAAUUGCAAACUGUAUGAUGAAUAGAAUCAAACAUGCCAACAGGAUGUGUAGAAUACUAUAAGACAGAGAGGUUUAUGGUGCAAAAGGUUGGAAGACAAACUAGAAAAAAAAAAACGACAACAACCAAGUUUUCAAGUAGAAAUUUCAAAAUGACAAAAACUGCACAUUCCACCUCAUCCACAUUGACAGCCAUUUCAGAGCAAGACAUAAGAAUGGUGAUCUUGUAGUCUGAUAAUCACAGUGAGGGUGGUUUUAUGCUGCUACGUGUACAUACUAACAGUAGCUACAGGUACUUGUCAAAAUGAAAACAUGCGUGUUUGAACCUAUGCGAUGUCAGAUCUUUUUCCACAUUGUUAACUGCUAGUAGAAGUAGCAUUAUUGUGUUCUUCUGAGAUCAGAAGGCAGGAGGAAAAUAAUGUAUCAUUUCAGAGAAUGUUUCAUUUGGCCAGUAUUUCAUUUAAAUGAGAUAGUUUUUUUUUUUUUUUUGACAUGCUUGUUGUCUGGUAGGAGAGGUAAUGGAGGCACAGGCCCACUGAUGUUGCCAACGUUUUGUUGAGCACUCAUGUCAAGUUGAUGUUUUCAUCUUGCAGAGGAAGGCCAAAUGUUCCAGAUUUACACAUGCAAAGGGCCUUUUAAAAGC